AUGGCUGCAGCUCCUCCGAGUUACUGUUUUGUAGCCUUUCCCCCAUGUUCUAAAGAUGGGCUGGUGGUGUUUGGAAAGAACUCUGCAAGGCCUAGGGAUGAAGUGCAGGAGGUGGUCUACUUUGCUGCUGCAGAUCAUGAUCCAGGAAGCAAAGUUGAGUGCACAUAUAUUGAGAUUGAGCAGGUGCCAAAGACUCAUGCUGUGGUACUGAGCAGGCCCUCCUGGCUUUGGGGGGCAGAAAUGGGAGCUAACGAGCACGGAGUCUGUGUAGCUAACGAAGCCGUCGUGACCAGAGAACCAGCUUCUGAGUCUGAAGCCUUGCUUGGAAUGGAUCUUGUCAGGCUUGGCCUAGAAAGAGGGGCAACAGCUAAAGAAGCAUUGGAUGUAAUAGUUGCUCUGUUGGAAGAGCAUGGACAAGGUGGAAAUUACUAUGAGGAUGGGAGUUCAUGCCAUACAUUCCAAAGUGCAUUUUUGAUUGUGGACAGAAAUGAAGCCUGGAUACUGGAGACUUCUGGGAAGUACUGGGCAGCAGAAAAAAUCACAGAGGGUGUGAAGUGCAUUUGCAAUCAGCUUUCAUUAACUACCAAGAUUGAUGCUGAGCAUCCUGAACUACGGAACUAUGUGAGAAGUCAAGGCUGGUGGAACGGAGACUCAGACUUCAAUUUUUCUGAAGUGUUCUCUCUUGCUGAUGACCACUUAGCCUGCUCUUCUGGCAGGGAGAGCCUAGAAAAGCAAGGGGGUGAUGUUUCUGCACAAGCUAUGAUUGAUGUUCUGCGUGACAAGGACAGUGGUGUCUGUGUGGACUCUGAAUCCUUCCUCACUACAGCUAGCAUAGUGUCUGUUCUGCCUCAGGACUCUAGUUUUCCCUGUGUUCAUUACUUCACUGGCACACCAGACCCUUCAAGGUCCAUAUUUAAACCCUUUAUUUUUGUUGAUGAUGUAAAAUUAGUACCAAAAGUGCAGUCUCCUUCCUUUGGCAAUGAUGAUCCUGCUAAAAAGAUACCUCGGUUCCAGGAGAAGCCUGACCGCAGGCAUGAGUUGUACAAGGCACACGAGUGGGCAAGAUCUCUCCUGGAGAAUGACCAGGAUAAAGGCCAGAAACUGAUGAGGAUUAUGUUAGACCUUGAAAAACAAGGCUUGGAAGCAAUGGAAGAUAUCCUUACUCGUACAGAGAUCCUGGAUCCUGCUGAAGUAGUGGAUCUUUUCUAUGACUGUGUUGACACAGAGCUCAAGUUCUUCAAAUAA